AUGGCUGUUUCUGAUAACUCGAGGGGGUUAAUAUUGGCUAUGCUCUCGAGUUUGUUCAUCGGAACAAGCUUUAUCUUGAAGAAGAAGGGUCUCCGGCGGGCUGCGGCAGCUGGUACUCGGGCAGGAGUUGGAGGCUACACUUACUUAUUAGAGCCUCUUUGGUGGGCCGGCAUGAUUACAAUGAUUGUUGGUGAGGUGGCGAACUUUGUAGCUUACAUAUUUGCUCCAGCUGUUCUUGUGACCCCUCUUGGUGCAUUGAGUAUCAUAGUUAGUGCUGUUUUGGCGCACUUUCUGUUGAAAGAACGCUUGAGGAAAAUGGGCGUAUUGGGAUGUGUUUCUUGCAUAGUGGGAUCUGUAAUUAUUGUUAUUCAUGCUCCUCAAGAACAUAUUCCGAGUUCCGUACAAGAAGUAUGGAGUUUAGCAACUCAACCAGGUUUCAUCACUAUUUUUCUCCCUCUUUCCACAACUAGGGCUGCAAACGAGCCGAGCCGAAAAAAAGAUUCUAUGGCUCUGUUCCGAAAUCUAAUUGCAUUUUCGGGUAUCAUUAUGAAGGUUGUGAGCAUAAAGGCGAUAGGAAUCGCUAUUAAGCUCACUUUGGAAGGGAUCAAUCAGUUCGGAUAUGUGCAGACCUGGUUUUUUCUUUCAGUUGCAGUAAUAUGUGUGAUCACACAAUUGAAUUAUCUAAACAAGGCACUCGACACUUUCAAUGCUGCAAUUGUUUCGCCUAUAUAUUACGUGAUGUUCACAACACUGACUAUUAUUGCAAGCGCUAUAAUGUUCAAGAAUUUGAGCAGCAUAACUUCUGAAAUAUGUGGAUUUAUUACGGUUCUCUCGGGAACCAUCAUACUCCAUAUCACGCGAGAGGAGGAGCAAGCAACAAUGACAACAG